AUGGAUGAUACUCUCGGGUUUAGUGAGCAAGAGAAGAAGCCGUCAGAUGACUGGCAUCCUGGUGACACGGAGGAAAGUGUUUCCUCUGUAACAUCAAAGAUUUGUCCUCAUUAUCAGGACCUGCAAGUACUUCAAAAGAACGACUUUUUCCUGGACAGACCACAAAUACCAGCAACGUAUUGGGAAAGAUUAUCUUUCUUCAGGAGUUAUGCAACGAGUCAGACUAGAACAAUGUUUCUUUGUGUACAAGAAGAAGACUUUAGAGUAUAUCUCUGGAAUUACCUCAUAAAUGUUUUCUUCAAGAGCUUACCGUCCACUUAUGUGUACGCAUUUUUAAGUGCAUACGUGCCGGACACACAUUUUUUUGUUGCGAAGAUAUUUCCCAUCGCUUAUGGUUCAACUUUAGCCUUCAUAAUAACAGCGUUUAUAGAUUUAAUUAUGGUAACCUAUAGUACCACAAAGUACUUGGAUUAUCUGGUCCUCGGAUUUCGUUAUCAAAGCCCAUGGAAUAGAUGUUCAGAGAGUUUUAAUAUAACAUAUAAAAAUACUACAUUAAAGUGCUAUGAAAUUCAAGAUUUUGCCAAGCAGUUUAUAAAUAAAUCAGUGAUAUUUGACGACAUAGUAUACAUUUCAGAAGAAAACGAACAUUUUCAACUACCGCAAUUGCUAUUUUACUUGUCCCGCAUGAAAUAUUUUCAGAAUUGUAAUGUGGUAUUGACAUGUUCUUAUUUUGUCAUAUUUUGGCUUGGAGCUACGAUAACAUACCCUAUGUUUUUCAAAAGAUUUCUUUGGAAGACGCUACAUAUUGCUCAGAUGGGACUCAAUAUGUUUUUAAUAAUUGUAUUCGUUCAUCUGACAAUAAUUUAUUUUGAAAGGGGUUAUAAAAAAUACCCAGUGUACCGUAAGGAAUUGUUGGAUAUAUUGCAAAGUUCCGAUUUCGACUUAUUAUCAGAAUCGAUGACAACGCCACCUAUUGUUCAUAUUUUGUCAUCAAGAAGUAAUAUUGAUAAGAAGCCGAUACAAGACAGCGCUCUCAUAGUGACGUCAAAUGCUGUAUAUUACACAUUUCGUGGAUUUGUCACUUAUUUACUGAAACUUUACUGUGACAAUUUGGCAAAUACAUCGCUGCAAGCAAUCUAUUUUAGUUCCGAAUCAUUAUUUUACUUAUGGCCGAUAUAUUUUUCACAGUUCUAUUUGGGAAAUUUGUUUACAAUUGUUUUCUUUUUAUUGAAUCUUAUAAACGAAUAUUUAGUUAUAGUGAUAACGGUCCAUUGUUUGAUAGAAGCUAUUCUGUGUGAGUGGCGUUGGUUAAACACCUGGAUUCUUAUUGUCAGUUUAAGUGUUCUUGGAGUGGCGACUUUCCACUUUAUUCCUACAGAGCUAAUUGAAAUUAUGUACAUAUUAUGUACAGCAUUGAUGACUCUUAUGGAACUUAUAAUAAUAUUCUACUUGUAUCCUCUGGGUCGUUUAGUCGAUGACAUGACAUUUUUCAACGGAGUUCGUCCUACGAAGUUAAGGAUUUUCACUUUUUGGGCGGCACCUGUUUUUUAUAUGCUAAAGAUCUAUUAUAUGAUAACUGGACUUUUCAAAAUAGUAGCAUUGACGACUUUACCUCAAAAAUACUUGUACCAAUAUAUCUACAUACCGGCGGUACCGAUGUUUUUCGGGGCCCUGUUUGCUUUUUUUAAAUAUGUCAUAGUAAAGAAAAUGGUAACUAAAAAUAAUCAAAAUAUGAAUCUAUUUAAAAUAAUUUCAGUAUAG